ACAGCAAAUAUGAGCCGCCAUGGCCACGUGACGUCGUGUGGAGCCUUUAGUGGAAUCUAAGUGGAUUUGUUAAUUAACUUUAUUGUGUUUGCUCAAAAUUUCAUGGCGUUUCGUCUGAAAACCCUCUUAUCAAGGAGUCUAACCGGUGCGCACGCCCCCUGGAGUCGCUCACCCUGCACAUUUCGUCGGAUGCUGGCAGUCGCUUGGGUGCGGCUGACAGAAGCAUAAAAAAACAAGCUCGGGUGGAUCCUUUCAAACCAUGAAGCUGGAGGUGAGGAGAAGCGGUGUUGUCGCCGUCGCCACAGCUGGCAGGUGCGCUUCGGAGACGGUCAACAAUGGCGCGGCAGAGCAUGGCUCCCUAGAUCCCAACACGCCGGUGAAAGCCAAAGUCGCUAAGCAGACCUCCAGGGAGAGCUUGCAGCGGAAAAACACAGAGUGUGAGGUGUACGACGACGGGACCAACACGUUUUUCUGGCGGGCACACACUGUUACUGUUCUCUUCAUCCUGACCUGCGCCCUUGUCUACGUCACACUUUUGGAGGAGACUCCGCAGGACACUGCCUACAACGCCAAGAGGGGGAUUGUGGCCAGCAUAUUGGUGUUCCUCUGUUUUGGCGUCACACAAGCAAAAGAUGGACCCUUCACUCGACCACAUCCAGCUUAUUGGCGGUUCUGGCUUUGCGUGACUGUGGUCUAUGAGCUCUUCCUCAUCUUCAUCCUCUUUCAGACGGUGCAUGAUGGGCGCCAGUUCAUGAAAUACAUUGAUCCCAAACUGGGCGUGCCCCUCCCUGAGCGUGACUAUGGGGGUAACUGCCUCAUCUACGAUCCAGACAAUGCUACUGAUCCCUUUCACAAUCUCUGGGACAAGAUGGAUGGCUUUGUUCCGGCUCACUUCCUGGGGUGGUAUAUAAAGACGCUGAUGAUUCGGGACUGGUGGAUGUGUAUGAUCAUCAGUGUCAUGUUUGAGUUUCUGGAGUACAGCCUGGAGCACCAGCUGCCCAACUUCUCAGAGUGCUGGUGGGACCACUGGAUAAUGGAUGUGCUGGUGUGUAACAGUCUGGGCAUCUACUGCGGCAUGAAGACGCUGGCGUGGUUGUCCAUGAAGCCGUAUCAAUGGCAGGGCCUGUGGAACAUCCCUACUUACAAAGGAAAGAUAAAGCGAAUCGCCUUCCAGUUCACGCCGUACAGCUGGGUGAAGUUUGAGUGGAAGCCCGCGUCCAACCUUCGGCGCUGGCUCGCCGUGUUGGGCAUCAUAUUCAUGUUCCUGCUGGCAGAGUUGAACACGUUCUACCUGAAGUUUGUGCUGUGGAUGCCUCCAGAGCAUUACCUGGUGCUGCUGCGAUUGGUCUUCUUUGUCAACGUGGGGGGCGUGGCCAUGAGGGAGAUCUACGACUUCAUGGACGACCCGAAGUUCCACAAGAAGCUGGGCCAGCAGGCAUGGCUGGUGGCGGCCAUCACCGUGACAGAGUUCCUCAUUGUUGUCAAGUACGACCCCAACACCAUCAUGCUGCCCAUUCCCUUCGUCAUCACGCAGUGCUGGCUGCUGGGCCUCCUCAUCAUCCUCGUAUGGACCCUCUGGCGCUUUUUCAUCCGUGACAUCACACUCCGCUACAAAGAGACACGACGCCGCAAACAGGAAGACCCUAUGGAGCGAGAGCGAACUGUGGGGAACGGCAGCGCCGGUGCCCCAUCAGGACGGAGCAAACUGAACGGCGCCUCAGAUAUUCUGCGACAGAGGAAGUCCUGAGUGAUAGACAGCAGUGAAAGAGGAUGUACCACAAGGACAGAUGAACACGGCCACUGUGUGCCACUGCUUCCUGGAAGAGACGCUGGCUGGGCGAGGCCAGUUGGACCAACUGGAGUCAGUAUUUAGUGGGCUUUGCUUGGUUUUGUUUUUUUUUUACAAGGGAACUUUUGUUAUUUAAAUGUGAGCUGUUGUUGGCGUAGGUCCCAUAGUGCAUCACCGAUACCACAGUGCUACAAACAUAAUGACACCGAUACCAGAGUGAAACAUGUUUGUACGUAUGACUGGAAACAUGCUUUUAUUUUGUGGGGCUCCUUUCUGAGUUCAUAUCAGGUUGAUGUUGAUGAUUUACUUCAAACAGCUUUUUCAUCCUCCUGCCAAAGCCGUCAUCACUCCCCUCAGGAUGAAUGUUUGUAAGAAAAAUAGUGGAGUAACAAUGUUUCAAAGUGUAGUAACUGCUGCUGUUGUACAAUGCAUAAGGAGGACUGUUUGUUGUAGUCGUCGUAUCUUAAAGAACAGCAACACCAGAUUGUGAAGCAGCACAACAGCAACAAUCACACCGGGCUCACAAGUCACAGUGGGAACUUCAUUGAAGACCAAACUUUUUUGUGUGUGUCAGUAUCUAUAUAUUUUUUUCUUUUUUACGUUUUAUAUAAGUUGUCAACCUCCAUCUUGUUAGGUGAAUGAAAUCAUGUCUCACUCAGCCAAAGCAAGGACAGCUUUAACACUGAAGUCAUAAAUCAGAACAGCACCAAAAAUUUAGAUGACCUAAUCUCAUUGCACCUGAUUUUCCUCCCAUUGCCUCCCAUUUUUAAAAAUAAAAGGUAUGUCUUGUUUUUACAUUAAGCAUCCCUAUUUUUUAAUCAUAAACUUAAAACAGCAAAGUGUAUUAUCUGCUGCAACUUGCAAUACCUUUGACAUCAUUUUCAAAAUGUCUUAAAAUGUCCUUACUUCCAAUUCAAGCCAUAAUACAGUAGAAGGCUGCUUUUUUUUUUUUUUUAGAUGUUGUAGUUGCUGUGUAGCCGGCCAGCGGAGAUACCUGACUUGUCUUCGAUUAGAAGACCAAGUGAUGCUCCUGUACAACCAAAUAUGUUUUGCAUUAAAAAGAUAUGAAACCGUC